AUGCACUUUACCACCAUCGUCACCGUUGCCACAAUGGCCGCUGUUGCUGCUGCUCAGGCCGAGCCCUACCGCCUCGCCGUCAUGCCUGGUCUGAGCCUCAUGCGCCGCCAGAGCCCCGGAUAUAACCCCCAGACCACCAAAUGCGGUGCCGGCAACACCUGCGCCGAGGCUUGCGGUUCUGGCUUCGCCGACUGCCCCUCCAACGACGGCGUCUCCCACUGCUACAACCCUGGUGCCAAGCAGAACUGCUGCCGAGACGGCUCUGGUAAUUCCUGCGACAACGGGUACUACUGCACCCACGACCACAAGGCCCAGACCUGGUGCUGCCCCAACGCCAUGGACCUCGCCGCGUGCGCCGCCGCCUUUAGCAUCUCCGGGGGUCUCGAGUCUGCCACUCCUACUCCUACUCCUACCCCGACGCCUACUCCUACGCCUACGCCUACGCUCACGCCUUCUCUCUCCAAGAACAGCACCACUACCACCACCACCGUCGAAUUUACCCCCAGCGCUGCUGUCGUCACCGAGUCGAUUGAGCUGACCACCACCAUCUGCCCCGCUUCCGCCUCUGGCAGUAGCCAUUCCAUCUACACCGGCCAAAACAGCACCGUCAUCAUCCCCGUCAUUCCUACCGGCGCGCACACAAGCCCUCCCGUUGUUCCCACCGGCGGCACCAACGCCGCCGCUGCCACCAGCUUCAGCGCUCUCCUCCUCGUUGCCGCCGGUGUCGUGGCUCUGCUGUAA